GGCAUAAAUAUUUUAUAAUAUAAAAUAUGGCAACUAUAGAUCAAUACCAAAUUCUCAGAGACCUGGGCUCUGGAGCUUUCUCCCAGGUGAAACUAGGCAAGCACAUCGAAACUGGAGACUUGGUGGCUUUGAAGAUUAUCAAAGAUGAUGACUCCCAGAAUGGUAACACUGCUGAGACCUUCAAGACCGAAAUCGAGAUUAUGAGUGAUAUCAACCACCCCAACAUUAUUAACAUGCUGAGUAGCACUGACGAUGGCACUUUGAAGGAAGCUAAUGGAGAUGUCAAGGAGAACGUGUUCUACUUAGCUUUAGAACUUGCUUCAGGUGGGGAACUGUUCGAUUUCAUAGCUCAGUCUGGAAGCUUCUCAGAGCCUGUAGCAAGAUUCUACUUCCAUCAGAUGAUGGAUGCUUUUGAGUAUCUACACUCAAAAGGAAUUAGUCAUAGAGACAUGAAGCCUGAUAAUAUUAUGCUUGACAACGAGUUCAACCUGAAAAUUGCUGAUUUUGGUUUCAGCUCCAAGACUGCUUCCAAUCAGUCCUUUAAGGGUACGAGGAGCUACAUGGCACCAGAGAUCCUAAUUGGUGGAGAAUACCACGGUCAGAUGGUAGAUAUUUUUGCUGCUGGAAUCAUUCUCUUCAUUAUGGUGACUCAGAUCCCUCCAUUCCAGAUGGCUCACCCCAAGGACGGUUGGUACAAGUUUGUAUGCUCCAAUAGGAUGGACAAGUUCUGGAAAUACCACGGACAGAAUCAGCCAGGAGGAAUCGAAUUUUUCUCAAAGAGCUUCAUCGACUUGAUAAACUGGCUUUUCAACUUCGAUCAUACGACUAGGCCUUCAUUGUCUGAGAUCAAGGAGCACGAGUGGUACAAUGGACCAGUUGCUACUAAGGAUGAAAUUACUGAAGAGUUUACUAAGAGACAAGCUAUGCUAGAUCAGUGUUCUGAUGAUGCAGUUCCAGAGACUGAUGUUCCACAAGAAGUCUAUGAUUCGAAAUCAGUUCACAGAGAUAUCAAGGGAAAUGUUGAAGACUCUUCUAACCUACCAGUACUCCACAGAAAAGAGGCGGAAUACAUCGCUUGUUUGGGUUCUUUUACUAAGUUCUUCUCUGAAUCUCCAUUGGAAGAGCUCUUCGCCACAAUUGCCCAAUUCGCAAUCACCAAAUCGAGCGAUUAUGAGUUCUCAGCAUCCGAAUAUUCAAUCAUUAUGAAUAUCGCUGAUGAGAGUGAACAGAGAGUCAAGCUCCAGAUCAAUAUUAUGAGCGCUGGAGAGAACAAGCACUGCAUUGAGGCAGUCAAAUUAGCUGGAGACAGGUUCCAGUUCAAUGAUAUUUAUAAAGAAAUCAAGGGUUUCUUCGGAGGCCACAUCAACACUACUGCAUAAUUCC